AAGAAUGAAUGGCAGACAGCAGUAGCCGCUGCAAGUAAGACUGAAAGGCGAACCGCAUGGCUCUUCAACUAUCCUGCCCUCUUCCGUUCACCGCCACCUCCUCCAGGCUCCCUUUCUCAAUUACUAGCUCCCCUAAACGCGCAAAUGGCUUACGGCUCAUCAGUCGCCCUCACGCUGCACCCUCAAGAAGUGUUCAAGGUAGCUACGAUCCCGAGCUUCGAGGAGUGCUUGAUCUUGCCACAGACACCGAGUUGUACGAGCUUCACAGAAUCCUGUUUGGUCCCAGCUACUUUAGUCCCUUGCUAAAGUCAAUCAUGAGUAGAGCUGAUAUUGGGAAUGUCAUGAUUGAAGACCUUGAUGAACGAGAAUGUUUUAUAGCAGCUCUUGAAUCGCGAUUCUUAUUCCUCGCAGCUGAUGCCCGAUCUACACUAAGGGGUUGGAGGCCUUCAUAUAGAGAUGUCUUGCUUUCUGUGAGGAAAAAAUUAAAUAUUCCGUGCUCAAGCAAAUUGUCUACUGACGACUUAGAGGCAGAAAUCUUCCUUCACCUAUUGCAGGAUUACUCAAGUGAUGAAGCAGGCAUUUUCUCAACAUUAUGGGAAAAUUCAAAGGCUACCAAUGUUCAAAAUAGUCUAGAAGUUGGGCUUAGUCAGUCUGCUGUUAAAAUUGGGGAAACAGAGCUUCAGUCUAUCAUUUUGAAGGGAAGUAGCCUAAUUACUUUGGCAAAAAUUUAUCAAUUGCUGGCCAAGAAAUUUGCUGGGAAAGUAUUCCUUGAAGCUGCCAACUGUCAGAUAAAAAAGGAAGCUCUUAGGAAGGGUGGACAAUUAGCUGCUAUUAACCUCGAAUCCAGAGCAGCUUUGCUUGCAGCUAAGCAGGGCUUUGCUGGUGCUGCAUCCAGAUAUGUGGGUUUCAGGAGUAUAAUGGGGCUACUUGGUCCAAUACUAUGGGGAACAUUUCUGGCUGAUAUUGUCAUUCAAAUGCUUGGGACUGACUAUGCUAGAAUUCUUCGGGCAAUUUUCGCAUUUGCCCAGAUCCGUAUUACUCGGACAUACCAUUUACCUUCUAAAGAUGAUUGAGGCAUAUGGAUGCGGGUAUUUCACUUGGGAUGUUAAGAAUUGUAAAAAGUGAGCUUAUUGGUACUUCAGUUGCAAGCCAUGUGAAACUAUUUCAGUUUUGGUUGAGAUGGGAGAGUGUCUAUCUCUACUAGGGUCAGUUGGACUAUGCUUGGAGCCAAAUUUAUGGCGCCCACAAGCCAUGUGAAUCACUAUAUGCAAGACAGUCUAGCAGAGACACGUGCAGGGCAGGGUAAAGGAUCCAACUUCUUGGUGCAUGACCUUACCCACCUCCAGUUGUAUAGUGCCUCAUGUCAGGUUUGUGGUUCAUCCAGUUUUGAACCUUUAUUUUAUUUUAUUUUAUUUUCUGUACAUUGGUUUUUUGUAGGAUGGUAAUUUCUUUUAAUGGGUAUAGUAUGGCAAUUUUGAAUUUAUUUGA